CUCUGAAAGCACUCGCAUGGAAACAAAAUGUUUUAACAUAACCUUAAAAUAUCUUUCUUUUUCAUGCAGAACUAGUAUAGCAAUAUUUUAAAAACUUGUCUCACACAAAUAUAUUCGAGAAAAUAAAAGUUUGAUGAUGUAUUAAUAAUUGCAAACAUGACAAAUACACUUGUACAACAAUAUGUUCAACGACUUAAGUCAAGACAUGAAGAAACACGUACUAAAGCAGCAAAGGAUUUAUGUUUUUAUGUUAAAACAGAACUACGUGAGGUUUCUCAAGAAGAGAUUACAGCAUUUAUGGAUGAAUUCAAUCAUCAUAUAUUUGAAAUGGUAUCUAGUUCUGAUAUGAAUGAAAAAAAAGGUGGUAUAUUAGCUAUAAUUUGUCUUAUUGGAGCUGAUGUUGGUAAUAUAAAUACACGCACUAUAAGAUUUGCAAAUUAUCUGCGGAAUCUCUUACCAUCUAAUGAUGUUGGAGUUAUGGAAUUAGCUGCAAAAACUGUUGGCAAACUAGCAUUAGUUUCUGGAACAUAUACAGCAGAGUAUGUAGAAUUUGAAGUAAAACGUGCCUUCGAAUGGCUUGGAGGAGAUAGGCAUGAAGGGAAACGUCAUGCAGCUGUACUUGUACUAAGAGAGCUUGCCGUGUCAAUGCCAACAUAUUUUUUUCAACAAGUUACUCCUUUUUUUGAUCUUAUAUUUAAUGCAAUACGUGAUCCAAAACCUGUGAUACGAGAAGGUGCUGUUGAAGCUUUAAGAGCAGCACUUGUUGUUACUGCUCAAAGGGAAACAGCAAAACAAAUGCAUAAAUCACAAUGGUACAAACAGUGUUAUGAUGAAGUAAUGGCAGGAUUUGAAGAAGUAUAUGCAAGAGAAAGAGGUGUCAACAGAGAUGAUAGAGUACAUGGUUCGUUAUUAGUAUUAAAUGAAUUACUAAGAUGUAGUAAUGUACAGUGGGAAAGAAAUUAUGAAGCUUUAAUGGAAAGAUUAAAUUGUUCUGCACAACAAAAUGAAAAUGACAUACAAUCAUUAAUGCCUAGAUUAAAAACAACAAUAGUAUCUAAAUGGGCAGGAACAUCUCAAAAUUCUUGUGGGCCUCAACAUGCAUUAUAUCCAAUACAUGAGUCAGCAGUUUGUCGAUGUUUAAUGCAGGAGAGGUUGGACGAUAUUUAUACUGAUGUAAUGAAUCAAAGAAUAUCAAGAAAUCCACAUAUUCAACAUGCAUUAAUGAUGUUAUUACCAAGAUUAGCAGCAUUCAAUAAGCAAAAAUUUACAGAGGACCAUUUAAAAGAAUCUAUGGCCUAUCUUUUAAUGACCUUAAGAGCUCGUGAAAAAGAUAGAUAUGCAGCAUUUAUGACUAUUGGUUUUAUAGCUGUUGCAGUUGAAGAUUCUAUAAAACCAUAUCUUUCAAAAAUUAUGGAAGUUAUAAAAUGUUUAUUACCAUCAAAAGAAACACCUAAUAAAAAACGUGGUACAUCUUUGGAACCUGCAGUAUUUAUAUGUAUCACUCUUUUAGGUCAUGCUGUAAAGCGUACUAUAGCAUCUGAUGUGAGGGAUCUUUUAGAACCAAUGUUAGCAACUGGAUUAAGUCCUAUUCUAACAACUUCUCUUAGAGAGUUGGCACACAGUGUACCAUCUUUAAAACCAGAUAUAUCACAAGGUCUUUUACGAAUGCUAUCUCAAGUUCUAAUGCAGAAGCCAUUAAGACAUCCUGGAGCACCCUGGACUGUAGCUAGCCCUGUAUCCAUGCCAUCAACAGAAGUAGAUGUUCCUUCUACAGUUCUUGCAUUAAAAACACUUGGCACAUUCAAUUUUGAUGGUAAUCCUUUAUUACAAUUUGUGAGAAGAUGUGCUGAUCAUUUUUUAACAUCAGAACAGCCAGAAGUUCGACUAGAGGCUGUAAAAACAUGUUCUCGAUUAUUAAGGUUAGCACUAAAUCAACCAGGACCUACAGUAACUAACACUGUCUCUACAGUUCUUGGAAAAUUAUUAGUCGUAGGAAUUACAGAUACAGAUUCUGAUGUACGAAAAUCAGUUUUAGCCUCGUUAAAUGACUCAUUUGAUAUUCAUUUAGCACAGGCAGAAAAUUUAUCUGCAUUAUUUAUUGCUAUGAAUGAUGAGAUGUUUGAUAUAAGAGAACAAGCAAUCAGAACUAUAGGACGACUCAGUAAUAUGAAUCCUGCUUAUGUGAUGCCAUCCCUUCGUAAAACACUUAUACAAUUCCUUACUGAAUUGGAACAUUCUGGAAUGGGUCGUAAUAAAGAACAAGCUGCUCGCAUGUUGGAUGAACUAGUAGUCAGUGCACCGCAACUUAUUCGACCAUAUAUGGAACCAAUUUUAAAAGUUCUUGUUCCAAAAUUAAAAGAAGCGGAAUCAAAUCCUGGAGUAAUAUUAGCCAUACUCCGUGCUAUAGGAGAUUUAGCAGAAGUUAAUGGUGCUGAAAUGCAACAAUGGAUGCCUGAAUUAUUAUCAAUAUUACUUGAGAUGUUAGUAGAUGCUAGUUCACCAGAGAAAAGAGGUGUUGCUUUAUGGGUUCUUGGGCAAUUAGUUGGAAGUACAGGACAUGCAGUAAAACCAUACAUGCAAUAUCCAUCUCUAUUAGAUGUACUUAUCAAUUUUUUGAAAACAGAACAACAGCCAGCUAUCAGAAGAGAAACUAUUAGAGUUCUUGGAUUAUUAGGAGCUUUAGAUCCAUAUAAACACAAAAUGAAUCUUGGUCAAAUAGAUUCACAAUUAGAUACACUUACAUCAAUGGCUGAUACUAAAAGUGAAAUAGAAAAUACACAAGAUUUGACAACGAGUGAAAUGUUGGUAAAUAUGUCAUCAUCUACCUUGGAAGAAUAUUAUCCUGCAAUAGCCAUUGCUACUCUUAUGCGUAUCAUCCGUGAUCCUACGCUAUCUCAACAUCAUACAAUGGUAGUACAAGCUGUGACUUUUAUAUUUAAAAGUCUUGGUAUUAAAUGUGUUCCAUACAUCUCUCAAGUAAUGCCAAGUUUCUUGAAUGUCGUACGUACAGCAGAUGUAAAUUUUCGAGAAUAUUUAUUUCAACAACUGGCUAUUCUUAUCGCUAUUGUGAAACAGCACAUUCGAAAUUAUCUUGAUGAUAUAUUUAAUUUAAUUAAAGAAUUUUGGAUUGUAAAUAGCCCUCUACAAAGUACACUUAUUCUUUUAGUUGAACAUAUUGCAAUAGCUUUAGGUGCAGAGUUCAAAAUUUAUUUACCGCAGUUAAUGCCACACAUAUUAAGAGUAUUAACACACGAUACUAGUAAAGACCGUGCAGUAACAGUAAAGCUGUUACUUGCAUUACAAAAAUUUGGGAAUAAUCUUGAUAAUUAUCUUCAUUUAGUUCUUCCACCAAUUGUGAAGUUAUUUCAUGCAACUGACUGUCCUAUAGCAGUGAAUAAAGUUGCAUUGGAAACAGUAGACCAUUUAGCUGAUACAUUGGAUUUCACUGAUUUUGCAUCAAGAAUCGUUCAUCCAUUAGUACGAACAUUGGAUCAAUGUCCAGAAUUAAGAAACACAGCAAUGGAUACACUCUGUGCACUUUUGAUACAAUUGGGAAAAAAAUAUCAAAUUUUUAUUUCAUUAGUUCAAAAGGUCAUGACAAAGCAUAGAAUUAGUAAUCCUCACUAUGAUGUCUUAGUUGAUAAAAUUCUUACAGAAUCAACUGUUGCAGACAGUGAAGAUUUCUUGUUAAUGAGACAUCGACAUUCAAGAAAUAAGAAUCGUGAUUUAUCUUUAACAUCAUCAGAUACAGCAACUAUAAAGCGAUUGCAUGUAUCAGCUUCAAAUUUACAAAAAGCUUGGACAGCAACUCGCAGGGUAUCUAAAGAUGACUGGCUUGAAUGGUUAAGAAGUCUUUCUAUUGGUUUGCUUAAAGAAUCUCCAUCUCCAGCAUUAAGAUCAUGUUGGGCUCUUGCACAAACUUAUUCACAGUUACCACGUGACUUAUUUAAUGCUGCAUUUGUUUCUUGUUGGACCGAACUUAAUGACACAUAUAGAACAGAAUUAAUUCAAACACUGCAGCAAGCAUUAAUGGUACCAGAUCUUCCUGAAAUAACUCAGACAAUUUUAAAUUUAGCUGAAUUUAUGGAACAUUGUGACAAAGGACCACUACCAUUAGAUAAUAAAAUCUUAGGAGAAAGAGCCAUGCAUUGUCGUGCUUAUGCCAAAGCAUUACAUUAUAAAGAAGAUGAAUUUCAUAAAAGUAGAAAUAGUAAUGUAUUUGAAUCUUUAAUUUCAAUUAAUAAUAAACUCCAACAAAAGGAGGCUGCAGAAGGUUUACUUGAAUAUGUUAUGAAUCAGUACAAUCAGCAAGAUCUCAAAGUUCAAAUACGUUGGUAUGAAAAACUCCAUAACUGGGAUAAAGCACUUCAUUUAUAUAAAGAACGUUUAGAAAGUGACCCUGCAGAUGUAGAAUCUACUUUAGGUGAAAUGCGUUGUUUGGAAGCACUUGGAGAAUGGGGACAAUUACAUGAUGAGGCUACAAAACAAUGGUUAAUUCAGAAUGAUGAAAUAAAACAAAGAAUGGCGAGAAUGGCAGCAGCAGCUGCAUGGGGUCUGGGUCAAUGGGAAAGUAUGGAAAAAUAUAUCUCACUAAUACCAAAAGAUACUCAAGAUGGGGCUUUUUACAGAGCAGUAUUAGCAAUACAUGAUGAACAAUAUGAUAUUGCUCAUCAGCUUAUUGAUAGCGCUAGAGAUUUAUUAGAUACAGAAUUAACUGCUAUGGCUGGUGAAAGUUAUCAAAGAGCUUAUAAUGCUAUGGUGGAAGUUCAAAAAUUAGCAGAAUUAGAAGAGGUAAUACAAUAUAAACUUGUUCCAGAAAGAAGAUCUACUAUUAAAUCUAUGUGGUGGGAAAGACUUCAAGGUGGGCAAAAAAUUGUCGAAGAUUGGCAGAAAAUAAUACAAGUACAUACUUUAGUAGUUUCUCCACAAGAAGAUAUGUAUACAUGGCUUAAAUAUGCUAGCCUUUGUAGAAAAAGUGGUAGUUUAAUGUUGUGUCAUAAAACAUUAGUAAUGUUAUUGGCUGUAGAUCCUUCAUUAACACCGGAUCAGCCUUUACCAACAACACAUCCACAAGUAACAUUUGCUUAUUGUAAAAACAUGUGGGUAGCAAACAAACGAGAAGAAGCAUAUAAUCAUCUGCAAAGAUUCGUGCAAAAUUCUUUACAACCUGCAAUAGUGUCCGUAAUAAAUCAAGAGAAUGAAAAAAUACAGGAUGCAAGAAAAAGAUUGCUUGCACGGUGUUAUUUAAAACUGGGAGAAUGGUUAGAAGCUUUACAGGGUAUAAAUGAAACUUCUAUACCUGCAGUAUUAUCUUAUUAUGCUGCUGCAACAAAACAUGAUCCAACAUGGUAUAAAGCAUGGCAUGCUUUUGCUUAUACUAAUUUUGAAACUGUAUUGUUUUAUAAACAUCAGCAAGGUGAUUCUAAUAUCGAGAAUGCACCUAGCAAUGGAACACGUAAUAAUCUUUCUAGCCCACAGUAUAUAUCACAGUUCACUGUUCCAGCUGUAGAAGGAUUUUUUAGAUCAAUUAAUCUUUCACAUGGUAACUCUUUACAAGAUACACUUCGAUUACUUACAUUGUGGUUUGAUUAUGGUCAAUGGCCUGAAGUAUAUGAAGCUAUUGUGGUAGGUAUCAGAUUAAUAGAAAUUAAUACAUGGUUACAAGUAAUACCACAACUCAUCGCAAGAAUAGAUACACCUAGAACUUUAGUUGGACGAUGUAUUCAUCAUCUUCUUAUUGAUAUUGGAAAAACACAUCCACAAGCAUUAGUGUAUCCAUUAACAGUUGCCUCAAAAAGUGCAAGUCAUGCUAGAAAAACAGCAGCAAAUAAAAUUCUAAAAAGUAUGUGUGAACACAGUCCUACUUUGGUUCAACAAGCUAUGAUGGCAAGUGAUGAAUUAAUUAGAGUUGCAAUUUUAUGGCAUGAAUUAUGGCAUGAAGGAUUAGAAGAAGCCAGCAGAUUAUAUUUCGGAGAAAAAAAUGUCAAAGGGAUGCUUGAUACAUUGGAACCAUUACAUGCAAUGUUAGAAAGAGGUCCACAAACUCUGAAAGAAACAUCCUUUAAUCAAGCUUAUGGAAAAGAUUUAAUGGAAGCACAAGAAUGGUGCCAUAGAUAUAAAGCUUCAAGAAACGUGAAAGAUUUAAACCAAGCAUGGGAUGUGUAUUAUCAUGUAUUUAGAAGAAUAUCAAGACAAUUACCACAGUUGACUAGUUUAGAACUUCAAUAUGUAAGCCCAAAAUUGCUUCUUUGUAGAGAUUUAGAAUUAGCUGUGCCUGGGAGUUAUAGUCCAGGUCAGCCUAUAGUCAGGAUAGCAAGUAUUCAUAGCUCAAUGCAAGUGAUAACAAGCAAACAACGACCAAGAAAGUUAUGUAUUAAAGGUAGUAAUGGUAAAGAUUAUAUGUUUCUAUUAAAAGGACAUGAAGAUCUUAGACAAGAUGAGCGUGUAAUGCAGUUGUUUGGUUUAGUAAAUACACUUUUAUUACAUGAUCCAGAUACUUUUAGAAGAAAUCUUACUAUUCAGAGGUAUGCAGUAAUUCCAUUAUCAACAAAUAGUGGUCUUAUUGGUUGGGUACCACACUGUGAUACAUUGCAUACUUUGAUAAGGGAUUACAGAGAAAAAAAGAAAAUAUUACUAAAUAUAGAACAUAGGAUAAUGCUAAGAAUGGCACCAGACUAUGAACAUCUUAUGCUUAUGCAAAAGGUUGAAGUUUUUGAACAUGCUCUAGAACAUACUCAUGGUGAUGACUUAUCACGUCUUUUAUGGUUGAAGUCACCAUCAAGCGAAGUGUGGUUCGAUCGUAGAACAAAUUAUACGCGUUCUCUUGCUGUUAUGUCUAUGGUUGGUUACAUACUUGGUCUUGGAGAUCGACAUCCAUCUAAUUUAAUGUUGGAUCGCUUAAGUGGCAAGAUUCUUCAUAUUGAUUUUGGAGAUUGUUUUGAAGUUGCAAUGACUCGUGAAAAAUUCCCUGAAAAGAUACCAUUUCGCUUGACACGAAUGUUAAUAAAUGCUAUGGAGGUCACGGGCAUUGAAGGCACAUACAGAAGAACUUGUGAAUCAGUAAUGUCUGUACUACAUCGUAACAAAGAUAGUUUAAUGGCUGUAUUAGAAGCUUUUGUUUAUGAUCCUCUUCUAAAUUGGAGAUUAAUGGAUAAUACAGCAUUAAAGGGAAAGAGAUCUGAUGCACAAGGAAUGAGUUCUAGUAGUAGCCAGGAACAUGGAGACGUUCUAGAUUCUCUUACAGCUACUUUACCAAAGAAGGGUGUACCAUGUAGUGUUGAAAACGGAGGUGAUAAUAAUCAACCAGAAGCAUUAAACAAGAAGGCUUUAGCUAUUAUAACAAGAGUGAGAGACAAAUUGACAGGACGUGAUUUUUCACAUGAAGAAUCACUGACUGUUCAAGAUCAAGUGGAUUUACUGAUUCAGCAGGCUACCAAUAAUGAAAAUCUUUGCCAGUGUUACAUUGGAUGGUGUCCAUUUUGGUAAAUUAUAUAUUACAAUAAUAAAAUCUGAAGUGACUAUUAUAGCUCCAGUGCUUUUUCUGCACGUGCAAUGCAAAUGAUAACAAAAUAGAUGUAAUAUUUACUUUAAUUUAAUGUGUAAUCAAAACUAGAUCAAAUUAUAAAUAUUUCUUUGAGAGUUAAU